CAGCAAGUCAUCCAAAAGGUCACUAAAGCCCCCUUCCCUUUUAUAACCCUCGAGAGGAAUAGAGAAAUCAAAGAUUCGCGUGAGAGAGGAGGAAGAUAAUGGCGUGCCUUCACGAUCACAGCUGCGAGGAUCACAAUUGCUCGUCGGAUUGGUCCCUUUAUCAGCACAUCAACCUCCCUAGGGUUAAGGCUUUGAAUGAAUCAGUUGCAGGAAGCGUAAAGUCAGUUUUUAAAGCAUGGGAGCAUCGAUUGAUUAAUUCAGAGGGUUUCUUGGAGAGCAAUGAAGAUGAUCCUGAGUUACUUGUUUUCAUUCCGUUCACAUCGGAUGUCAAGAUCAAGAGCAUUUCCGUUGUUGGUGGUGCAGGGGGAACUAGCCCUUCUAAAAUGAGAGCAUUUAUUAACCGAGAAGGCAUUGAUUUCUCUGAUGCCCAAAAUAUGCAGCCUGUUCAGGAGUGGGAAUUGGCAGAGAAUUUGCAGGGCGUAUUAGAAUAUCAAACCAGAUUCUCGAGAUUUCAGAGCGUUGGUAAUCUUACUUUGCACUUCCCUGAUAACUUUGGUGGGAAUACAACUCAGAUAUAUUACAUUGGCUUACGUGGUGAAGCUACCCAGCUAAAGAGGGAUGCAGUGGCUAAGAUUGUAUAUGAGGUUAUGCCAAAUCCAUCUGAGCACAAGACUCCUAACGAUGGACGCGGUAGUCUUUCUCAUGUGGAGUAGAGAUAAACAGAUCUCAAAUUACCUUCUUAAUCCUUCUCAUUUUGUUCUUGCCGUGUAUUGCAACUUGGAAGGAUAGUGCUGCCUAACAUUUCUAAACUUGUUUCUGCUAUGAAGUACGUAUGGAGAACUUACUUGUUCCAUUGUAUAUAAAGCUAGUUAGAAGUGAAAACUGAGUAUAAGUGAAACAAGGAUUUGAUCAGGGCUUGGCUGCUGCAAAACAGACUGAUCCAAUGAUCCGAACUGAACGAGAACUGAUAUUUGUAUAAACUUGACCUUGAAAUUUCUUUUGAAUAUUGAGAAAAUCAAACUAAAGACUAUUAUUCAUCUUGUUUCAGCCUAAAACCUUUAUGCUGCUACAUUUGCAUAAUUGCAAUUUGACCUGAUUAUUAAUUUCACGAUGCUGAUUAUGGCUUUCUUU